AUGGCGGCUGCGACUUCAUCCAUCGCUCCUUCCCUCUCAUGCCCGUCUCCUUCUUCUUCAUCCAAAACCCUUCGGUCUUCGAAACCCGGAACCUUGGCUCUCCCCAGCAUCGGUUUCCUCUCGUCUACUUCCAAGUCUCUGAGGUCGCUAAGUGUCACCUUCGCUGGAAAUGGGAUCGGUUCCGCCACUGGAUCCUCCCUCUCCGCUCGAAUGGUUGCGUCAUCUGCGGUCAGGGCCCCUGUUUCUCUCGAUUUCGAGACAUCUGUCUUCAAAAAGGAGAAAGUCUCUCUUGCUGGUUACGAUGAGUACAUUGUGAGAGGAGGAAGGGAUUUGUUCAAGCAUCUUCCAGAUGCUUUCAAGGGGAUUAAGCAGAUUGGUGUGAUUGGCUGGGGAUCUCAGGGACCUGCUCAAGCUCAGAAUUUAAGGGAUUCACUUGUGGAGGCAAAGUCUGACAUCGUUGUUAAGAUUGGGCUUAGAAAGGGAUCUCGCUCAUUUGAGGAGGCACGUGCUGUUGGCUUCACCGAAGAAACUGGUACUUUGGGUGAUAUAUGGGAAACUAUCUCUGGCAGCGAUCUUGUAUUGCUUUUGAUCUCUGAUGCUGCUCAGGCUGAUAACUAUGAGAAAAUAUUCUCUCACAUGAAGCCAAACAGCAUUCUCGGUUUGUCACACGGGUUUCUUCUAGGGCAUUUACAGUCCAUGGGACUUGAUUUCCCAAAGAACAUCAGCGUGGUCGCUGUUUGCCCUAAGGGAAUGGGUCCCUCUGUGAGAAGGCUUUACGUCCAAGGGAAAGAAAUUAACGGUGCUGGAAUCAACGCCAGUUUUGCAGUCCACCAGGAUGUUGACGGUAGAGCGGCCGAUGUUGCUCUGGGAUGGUCAGUAGCACUUGGUUCUCCUUUUACUUUUGCUACCACUCUUGAGCAAGAGUACAAGAGUGACAUCUUUGGAGAAAGAGGUAUUUUGCUUGGUGCUGUUCACGGAAUCGUGGAGUCUCUGUUUAGAAGGUACACCGAAAAUGGGAUGAGCGAAGACUUGGCUUACAAGAACACAGUAGAGUGCAUCACAGGAACAAUUUCGAGGACUAUCUCCACCCAGGGAAUGUUGGCUGUGUACAACUCCUUGUCUGAAGAAGGUAAAAAGGAAUUCGAGACUGCAUACAGUGCGUCCUUCUAUCCUUGUAUGGAGAUCCUCUAUGAAUGUUACGAGGAUGUAGCAGCUGGCAGCGAAAUCCGGAGUGUUGUCUUAGCCGGUCGUCGCUUCUAUGAUAAGGAGGGGUUGCCUGCAUUCCCAAUGGGAAAGAUUGAUCAGACAAGAAUGUGGAAGGUCGGUGAACGCGUCAGGAAGUCCAGACCAGCUGGUGACUUGGGUCCGUUGUAUCCCUUCACCGCAGGAGUUUACGUUGCACUUAUGAUGGCUCAGAUCGAGAUCUUGAGGAAGAAAGGUCACUCAUACUCGGAGAUCAUCAACGAGAGCGUGAUUGAAUCUGUGGACUCUCUAAACCCGUUCAUGCACGCUAGAGGAGUGUCCUUCAUGGUUGACAACUGCUCGACCACAGCAAGACUGGGAUCGAGGAAAUGGGCCCCGCGGUUCGACUACAACCUGACCCAGCAGGCUCUGGUGGCUGUGGACAAUGGUGCAGCAAUCAACAGAGACCUGAUCAGCAACUUCUUCUCUGACCCAGUCCAUGGUGCUAUCGAGGUCUGUGCACAGCUCAGGCCUACCGUUGAUAUCUCCGUCCCUGAGGAUGCUGACUUUGUUCGACCUGAACUGCGUCAGUCUAGCAACUGA